AUGGACCGGUUCAACUGGAGUGAUACCACGGCCUCACAGAUAACCGGCGUAAAACAAGACAUAAUGUUGCGUUUCGACGUGUCAGCGAACGAGCGGAUGGAUUACCUGGUGCGAUUUAAGGAUAGUGGAUUUGGGGAUCAAGGAUGGGGCGAAAGGAUGGGGCGAAAGGAUCGGGCCUCCGGUAACCUCACUCACACGGUGAAACACAACGUCGUCAAACGAGCAAGCCGACUACCUGAUGAACCGGAACAACAAUUUGUGGAUCACACAAAGUGGUGUGCCGUGCGGGAAUCGAGCCAGUUGCCCAGACAUCGAACCAACCGUGCAGUGAUGGUUGUGGUGGACUGGAGGGAUGGUCUUCGUGAGCUGGAGGUUAAGGAGCCCACUACCCAUGCAAGACGGGAACGGGAAUAA